AUGGAGGGUGACUUGACGUUGACGAUCGCUUUGUUGAUAGUGUUUGUGGGAAAGAGUUCGGAACACGUUGUCAUUCCAUUAACAGAAGAAUCCAAUCCUUAUCUCGACAUCACUUUUCUUUCCGAGCAAACGCGAAAAAUUCCGGGAAUAGUGCCGAAUAUUGAAGUAAAACUCGACUGUGAGGCUCAACGAGAGAGCGCACGGACCAAAUCGGCUAACAAUUUUCUUCCGUCUUGUCAAAAACAAAAUAGCACACUCUACAACAAAGUACAAUGUCACGAUGGAUCGAGGGUUUGUUGGUGUGUGGACGAGUUGAGCGGCGAGCCGUUUCCAGACACGGCUGUAAACGGACGGAAACCCGACUGCGAUCGGGUUCGAUUAGAUUUGACGAAGAAAAAGAAGCCGCCUGGGAAGCAUGUUUUUAAAAAGUGCAAGGGACGACGACGAGCGAAAUUCUAUGCGCGGGUGUUGAACUCAUUGAAAACCGAGAUGAUCAUGGCUGGCGGAUCUGGAAAUGUGACCGGCGAACGGGUUUUACAUUGGAAAUUCGAGGCACUUGAUUUGAACAAAAAUAAGAAUAUCGAGCGACGCGAGUGGAAACCCUACAAAGAGCAACUGAAAAGUUGGAGACAGGUAAAAACGUGCGCUCGGAAUUUCUUUCGUUAUUGUGAUACAAACGAAAAUCGACGAAUUAGUGCCGACGAGUGGCGAGAGUGCACUGAACAAGUGUUGAGCAUCGGCGAUCCUCGACACACGAAUCCGUUUCUUCACAUCCUCAAACCCGAUUUG